GGAGCCCCAGACAGCUCGCCACGGCGAGCUCCGGGCGGAGCUCCCAAAACGCCGCCGCCGCCUCUUUGCCCGGACCCCUCCCCAGGGUGGGGCUGCCAUGAGGGCACACCCACCCGCCCAUCCGGCAGGCUCCGGAGCCAGAGAGCGCAGCCCGCUGCAGAGCGAGGGGGGGGGGGCGCCGCCACCGGACCCGCCGAAGCCCCCCCGCCGCCGGUCUGCCAGCCCGCCGCUUGCCGGCUCGGGAUGAUCCUGCCCGCGGAGAGGCCGAGCGCCGCGCAGAGGGCCUGGGGGUUGGCCGGGCUGGCCCCUGGCAAGGCCAAGCCCAGGAUGAGCUCCUCCUCCCUGCUGGGGGAGGGCUCCCUCGAGCCCCCAGUGCUGCUGAGCGACAUCAAGACGGAGCCCCCCGAAGAGCUGCUGGCCACCGACGGCAACCAGCCACAGGCUGAGCCGGUGGACCUGUCCCUCCACAAGCCCAAGGGCUCCCUCCAGCCUCCCGCCAUCCGCACGGCGCCCAUGCCAGCUGGCCCCCCGGCCCCCGUGGUUUCCAUGUCCCCCGCCGGGCUGGGCUCCUCUUCAGCCAUCCCUGCCGUGCUCUCGCCCGGCUCCAUUCUGGCGUCCACACAGGGCAGUGGCGGGCAGCAGAUCCUGCAUGUCAUCCACACCAUCCCUUCGGUCAACCUGCCCAGCAAGAUGGGCAGCCUCCAGACCAUCCCACUGGUGGUGCAGUCCCUGCCUGUGGUCUACACCACCAUGCCCAGCGACAGCGUCACAGCCGCCAUCACGGUGCCACUCAUCGGGGGAGACGGCAAGAACGCCGGAUCUGUGAAAGUCGACCCGAGCUCCAUGUGUCCCGUGGAGCUGCAGAGCGAGAGUGAGGACAGCGCCUCGGAGAGCGGGCCGGCCUCCUUCCCCGACCCACAGAAAGAGCCCUCGGGGGGCAGGCUGCCCCACAUGGACUCGCCCGACCUGAAGAAGAGACGGAUCCACCAGUGCGACUUCGAGGGGUGCAACAAGGUUUACACCAAGAGUUCCCACUUGAAGGCACACCGGAGGAUACACACUGGUGAGAAGCCCUACCGAUGUACCUGGGAGGGCUGCACCUGGAAGUUUGCUCGCUCCGACGAGCUGACCAGGCAUUUCCGCAAGCACACAGGCAUCAAGCCCUUCCGCUGCUCGGACUGCGACCGCAGCUUCUCGCGCUCUGACCACCUGGCUCUGCACCGCCGGAGGCACAUCAUGAUGUGAGCAGGGCAGGGGCUGCGCAGCCCGUGUCCCACCAUCCCUGAAGCGGCUUCCCUUGGUCAGCUGGGCCCUGCAGGGCUUCGGCCGCCGGGCAAGAGCCCCCAACCCAGCGAUUUGCACAGAAGGAGCCUUCGUGCCGCCUGCGCCCCCCCCCGAGAUGGGCCUUUGGUCUCCGGGGCUGGGAAGCUUCAGGGUCUUGAGAGAAUCCGGACCGAUGAGCCGAACAAGGGACACGGGGCGGGGGGGGGGUCGGCGGGAAGAGAUGGGCCGUCGGGCAGAGGGGCUUCCGCAGCUGGACCCAGGCCAGGAGACGGCCACCUGUGGGGGGUUCCUUGCGUGCCAUGCCCAGCCAAGGGGACCUUCUCUACGUGGCCGGGCGGCUCCAAGAUCUCGGCCUGCACUUCUCGCUCACAGCACAAGAAUAAAUGUGCCUCCCCACUAGGAAGCAACGUGGAUGUGCUGGGCUGGGGGUUGAUUGCUUCUAAGUACACUUUUAUGAGCACUGAAACAAAGUCUGUGUCUGAAUUCUGGCGUGGAAUCCCCCACCCCAAGGCCCCCCCAGGCGGGGCUGCAGGAGGGUGGGGCGGAUUGCGCCCAGCUGUCCCUUUGCAUCGCCCGCACCCCCACCCUCCUGCUCAGGACUGCGGCUCUCAUCUCAAGAGACUUUGAAUCCAAGACCAACUUUUUCUGAAUUUUAAAACUUUAUUGCAUUUGGGGAGGGGGAAAGGGAGAGGGGCCACUCCGAUCCAAGUGUGGCAGAGCGGAGUCCCUCCUGCCCACCCAGAGCCCCACUCGGAAGAGAUCCUGGCUUGGCGGGGGAGGAGACAGAGGGGCUCGCAGAGGAAGAAGUUGCAGAACGCAGAACUGUGACACCCCCCCUCAGGUGGACGGGAGGGGGGGGGAGGAGAGCUGGCUGGUUCCUAAUCCUGCCUACAAGGACAGGAAGGGCAAAUAAGGCAGAUAAAUUUUGAACCUGGCAACCUGCAGCUGGAUGCAUUUCUGUAUAUAGUGCAGCAGGGGGCGCUGUGGGGUGGGCUGGGGUGGUCCCUCUGCUGAGAUUUUGCUUUCCUUUCUGUCACUUUGGUCAGGUCUGGAGGCGGCCUUCCGAAUGGCGUGCCUGUGCAGGUGUGCGUAUGUGAGGGAGGCUGCUGUGACUUUUGGCCUC